ACAGAUCUCGAGAAGACUUGAGAGCUGAGGGACGAGAAAAACUAUAGGCUCCUCCCAGGUAUAAUUUGCACUUCGUUCAGGAUCACGAAGAUAAAUUGCUCUAUGAAGAUGAGAAUGUCACGACAUCCGCAUUUAGCAAUUUUCUCCUUAGCGGCCAUUCAUCUUCUACUGUUCUUCAUCUGCCCAGUCAGCGGCCGCAUUUAUCAAACGAACGAUGCCGUCGUCAUUGAAGUUGACGGUGUGGGACCCAGCAACUUUGCAAUUCGCAAUUUCGCAAAUCCUGCGCCGAUUCCGAUGAUGUAUGCAGUCAAUCCGUACACGGGCCUCUCUUACCAAGAGCAGCCAAAUUUUCCAUUCUGGCCUUACCCUCUCUACCAGCCGGCCAGCAGCGUCUCGAAUGUCGAUGACGUGACGACCAAUACCCCUCAAUCUCGGCAGCAGAAUAUUGCCUGUGGUGUCGGACCUGAUGCACCACCUCAACGUAAAAACCCAACGGUCGGCAUAGCCGGUGGAUCCAGUGCCAAACCGAAUUCUUGGCCGUUUGUCGUGGGUCUGAGGAGUGACGACUCGAAUACUGUGGUUUGCGGAGGAUCCAUCAUUUCCACGACGAGAAUCCUGACAGCGGCCCAUUGCGUGGACCAAUUAUCGGCGUCCAAAAUUUCUGCAAUGACUGUGAGUCUUGGCAUGCACACCCAGGGAGGCGGCAACGGUUUUGUAAAUGAUGCCCAGCAAACGAGGAGAGUUAGUCGCGUUGUCUACCACAAAGAUUUUAAUAGGAAGACAAAACAAAACGACGUUGCCGUCUUGACGAUAGACCCGCCCAUCAAUUACUCAAAGGCCAUUUCACCCGUUUGCUUGCCAGAAUUCAAUAACGCCGCCGAUCAAUUUGUCGAUAAAAAUGCAGUCAUCAUGGGAUGGGGAAAAGUGUCUUCAAGUGGAUCUCAAUGGAAUGAACUUAAGCAAGCUACCGUCCAGAUCACUAGCAAAGAAAAAUGCAACAAAAUUUGGGCAUUUAUUCCUAACUCUCCUUUUUUUAUCUUUAACCAACACAUCUGCGCAGGUGCUGACGGAAAAGAUACAUGCCCCGGUGACAGUGGUGGUCCAAUGGUCGUCCAAACGGACGCUGAUUCCAUUGCAUGGACCCAGGUCGGCGUCACCAGCUAUGGCGGAUGCGUUGGGAGCUCGACUAUACCCAGCGUCUACGCGAAUGUGGCGUUUUUCAGGAAAUGGAUUGACACCUACAUGAGGAGCUAAUCGCCGUGUUACCGCUCCCAGGUCCGAUUUGGCAGACGAUAUUACUCGACUUUCGUGCUGCCUGCCUUUUAUGAUAUUCUGUUUUUUAUUCCAUUACAUGCUACUUAUCACCACUUAUCUUCUUUCAAACUGGAUAUUACUGUCUUCUCCAUCAGUCGGGUGCUUCUUAGUGUAUUGAGUGGUUCUAGCACGAAAUAAUAAAUUCAUAGAAAUGA